AUGGCGCAGGACCCGGCCGCCGUGCGUGACGAUGCGGCCGUGCAAGAAGGCAUUGCGCGUGCGCGCGCGCUCAUUGAUGUUCAAGCGCGUGAGGUCUCGGGCGUACAAGCGCUGAAAGAUCGCAUGCUGCACAUGCACGACGACGGGGACGUGGCCGACGAUCAGGAGCUGCAGCUGGACUGGGACUUGUAUCGUGAGGUGCCUGCGACCAUGGAGCAGGAAGAGGCGCUUCUAUUAGACUAUUUCCGCAAGCUCAAGUUCAUCUACUUGGAGCUGGAGACAAAGCUGCGGUUCCUUGCGGACCUGCAGGACGACCCAGAGACGGGGCAGGAGCCGCAGAUCUUGUCGACGGCCGACGUGACGCAGCGGGAGCACGAAUGCAAGCGUGUUAAGCAGCAGCUCGUCGAAGCCAAGACGCGUGUGCGUGACUUGCGCUCGGACAUCGAUCACAUCGCCGAUGCGAUGGCGGAGCCGUGGGCGGCCGUAGAGCGCGGCACCACCGAGGCCCACACGCUGCUCUCGGAGAUCACAGAUAUGGAGCUAGAGCUCGCCAAGAUCAAGGCGGCCGAAGGCACACAGGGCGCGCUCACGACCGCCGAGCUGGAAGCCGUGUGUGAUGAGCAAAUUGUCACGAUGCAGACGCUCGACGAUGAGACGACACAUACAGUGCAUGAGAUGGAGCAGGCCAAGCGCGAUCUGAACGAGGCGCUGCGCGUGCUGGAGCGGCUCAAGUCGGAGCGUUCAUCCGCGGAGAAGCACGCCAACGAGGCGAAGCUCGGAAUGGGCCGGGACAGUGGGCGAGACUGGGAGCUGGAGCGGCUCUGUACCAAGCACGCCACGAUGCUGGAGACGCUGCAGGCGGCGCUGGGCAUCACGCGCCUCGCAGCGCCAACGGCGCGCGAGCUGCACAUUACGCUGGCUGUGCCGGCCGAGCAGGGUGGGCAGCGCACGCUGCAGCUGCAGUUCGAUGAGCCGGGCGGCGCUCUGGUCGACGUGCAGCUUCUCGAUGCGGAGCAGGCGCCGGUCGCCAUGAGCGAGGGUCUGCAGCGCUACUGCCGCGAGGCGAUCCAUACGAAUCAUGCCGCGGCGCUCGUGCAAGCGGUCUGGUGUACCUACGUAGCGUAA